AUGGCCAUGUCCCAGGAAUCAUUGACCUUCAGGGAUGUGUUUGUGGACUUCACCCUGGAGGAGUGGCAGCAACUGGACUUUACUCAGAAGAACCUUUACAGGGAUGUCAUGCUGGAGAACUACAGCCACCUAGUCUCUGUGGGAUACCUGAUGGCUAAACCAGAUGUGAUCUUCAGGUUGGGACAAGGAGAAGAGGGCAAGAGGGCAGAUGGAAGACCCACAAUGCAGAGCGAUCCAGCAUUCUGGCAACUUGAUAACCAAAAAGAUAGCCACAAGGAAAGCCAAGAUAAACCUCUUUGGCAAGCUACAUUUAUAGACAAGGAAAUACUGAAGGAUGAAAGUGACCAAGAAUUAAGAACAUGCAGAAAAAUUGUCUAUCCCAGCACAGACUUUGUUUCAAUAAAACAAAGACUUCUUAAAUAUUAUUCAUUUGAAAUGUUCAAAACAUAAUUUAAACUUUCUUAGUCAAAAUAAAAGCUAUUUGAGAAAGAAACAUCAUGA